GGCCGACGCAUGGGGGCUCUAUAUAUCCCCACUGACCGACGUUGCAGUCUAUAUAUCCCACUGACAUACGUUGCAGUUUCUCUUACACAAUUAAUAGCAGUUCCAUAACUGAUCCCUCUCUCUCCCUCUCGUUCAGUCCAGGCCUUUCAAUUUUUCUCUUCCACAAACAGUAACCCAAAAAUGGCAGAUGAAGGCACUGCUACCUGCAUAGACAUCAUCUUGGCCAUAAUCUUGCCUCCUCUUGGUGUCUUUCUCAAGUUUGGUUGCCAGGUGGAGUUUUGGAUCUGUUUGCUGCUGACCAUCUUGGGGUAUAUCCCUGGGAUUAUUUAUGCCGUCUAUGCCAUCACCAAGAAGUGAACUUGAUUUUUCUUGUAAGCAGUAUAUAUACAUCUCUCUCCCUCAGUGGAGGUGUACGUGAAAUAAUUAAGCGCAUCCAUGCCUUUCCGUUUCUGAUUUGGAGUUCGUUUAUUUGUAGCCACAAUGGAUCAUAGACGUACAGUUGAAUCUUCGUUCAGUGUGUCAAAGUGUUGAAUUGUCCCCUUUUUUUUUUUUUUUUUUUUUUUUUGUCCCCUAAAUCUAGAUCGCUAUGGUUUUUCGUUUUCUUUGUAUCUGCUGCAUGUAAAGGUAUGGAAGAUUUGUUUUGUGAUGAAUUAAGACGAUGGUAACGGUACUGGAUGAUCUUAAAACAUAUUCUUAUAUAUGUUAAUGUGAUUCUGUUUUUA